AGACAUAUAGAUAGAUAUAUUGGUUGGUUGAUUGAUUGAUUGAUAAACAACAAUAAAACAACAACUAAAACUUUAAUUGUAUUAACAGACAGUUUUCUUUAUUUGAAGCUUGUCUUCCCUUUUCGUGUGUACCGUCUCUCGUAGAGACAAAAAAUCACAUGAUGUCAGUACAAUGGUACAGAAGUAUAUUAUUUGUUGACAUUAAGUGGUCCUAGUUCAGUUUUCAGAAAGGCCGUUCAGUUUUUUUUUUAAUGUAUUGCUCAGUACAUGAGGGCAAACACAUGAGGAUCAUUCAGAUAUUCAGGUUAAAGACGGACAAUGCCUCCAAGUAAGAAAAAGAAGACUUUCUUCACUGUUCAAUAGCGUAUCUCUGCAAGGUGUUAAUGACCGGACCGUCUCAUGGAGCCGGUCCGGACAAGACUGUCUUGGUCAGGGAGGGUCACUGUGAGCCAGAGGUUACAGUCACCACAGUGUACCACUUGUCCUUGCUGCCGCAGUGGCCAUCCGAGGAGGACCCUCUCUUGAAAAAGUCCGCAACAGUCACCUCCAUAACGAGUAGCACCAGUGGGCAGUCCAAACGCGGGGCAGCCACGUCCAGUCUCUUCCAGAGCUCCUUUAAGAUCUCAUCACCCAAAGGGCUUGUCCCAUCUCCGCCGGCGUAUUCCAACACCUAUUCUUUCCAUUUCGGCUCCGCGGCUCAAAUCGGACCCGGCCCAAAAGUCCCAAGCAGACGCCAAAGCAGACGGCACGAGUCGUUCAGCUCCUUUAGCAGCAGCGUGGCGAGUGGAUCUUCUUUGGUUGGAACGACUCCUCAGUUCCCAAGUCAGCUCCAGCCACUUCCUCCAGUUCUUCAUCCUCUCUCGGGCUUGUCAGUGUCCACAGGAUCUCAAGCUCUGCCGACUUCAGAAGUGGUUCUCACACCUCUAGAAGUUCGUGGACGAGGGCUUACCAGGACACCACUUGAAGGCGAACAUCCCAUUGAGCAGUUUAAAGAUUCAGAUCUCUUGAUAAGACCUUACACACAAAAUGUAGAGACAGCAAUACGAAGAUAUACUGGUACAUCCAUCAGUAGUGGUACUACAUCCCCAACCUUGAUUGACUCCCAGAGCGCAGCCUCUCUGUCUCAUAAUGGUUGGACAACAGGGAACACCACAGAGAGGAGUAGCCUGGACUCGUCCUAUUGUUUUGAUGACUAUGACAGGACCACGGCCAGUACAGUCUCUCAACAUUAUGAAAACUUUGAAUCUCUGUUGUACGAAGGUGAAGGGUCAAGGGAAAAUCUGGUGCUGCAGGCAGACAUGAAGAAAGAAUGUCAAGAAUGGAGUUCACAGUUUGAUUAUUUCAGAGUUUUAGGUCAACAAAUUGUGAAAGAGAACAGGACAGAAGAGGAUGAUGAGAAAAAAGGAUUCAAAUAUAUUCCUACACUGCCUGCAGCUUCAAGUCCUGCUUUGACUCGAGCUGACUCCAGGGAGACAAGUUUUGUUUACUCGGAAUCUCAGGGAUUGACUCUAACAGGCCAUAAGGUAGAGAUGAAGCAGGUAUCUGUGUAUGAUGAUUUCUCCUCAAGUGGUCACUACCUGGUGGAAGAGGUCAUUGAAGAGGAAGGACUCUAUGAGGACAUAAUAGCUGUGGACUAUAAAAAUAAUUAUGAUGACUUCACUGAAUUCAAAAAACAAAUCACACCACGGAGGCGACGAGUUGGUUACCCUCCAGUGACCCCUAUCGCCUGCGUGAAAGACAGUGUUACCAGUGCAGCGUUUGAUCACAUCUGGCAAGAAAUUAUGUCUUGGUUGCGGCCGUUACUGCUGAGGUUCAGUUCAGAAAUCACAGAUUCUAAAGCAGAAGUCAUUCAAUAUUCACUGCCCCCACAACCACCCCUCCAAGCACAGCCUUCAUUCAUACUACAAACAAGGCAAAAUUCCUUCUAUCGGUCCAACACACACAUGAGUCAAUCCAUUGAUGGUAUUCUUCAUAUCUCAAGCAUCCCACUAGUUCAUAGAGUUGAGAUGCCAGAGUCCCAUGCUCCAGCCGCAGCAUCUGCACCACCAGCACCAACCAAAACAGUUGUACGGAAAGUUAGACUAAAACCUUUGCCGACCCUACCUCGUCCACAGCCAGUGAAACAAUCUUCGGAUUUACUGAAGGUGCGAGGCUCCACUGCUAUCAACCUUGACAAUCUACCACCUCCACCCCCAUCACGCCAUGGAACACUACCUCCUAUAGAUCUAGAACCAAAGAAAUUCCAGCCCAGCCAUCGUGCAGCUAGCGCCAUUGACAACAAAGACAAUCGUCACCUGCCCAACAAACCACAUUUCAUGUCUGAGCAGACUCGACCUAACACCACACAUGCUAUGAGAUAUGACAGUAUGUUUGGGAGCUCAUCAUUGCGAAGGUCUUCAACACCUCUAGGCAGCAGUUUCUCAUCACGGUUACAUUUACCAACCAGUAAAUCAUUAGAUGUCCGAGGCAGUAGCUUGCAACCACCAGACAUCAUUGAAGAUCAACAAGAAAGUCCUGCUGAAGACAGUUACAGACCUCAGUGGACUGGCCCACCAGCAGCCAAUACUCACAUAAACUUUGGUAGAAAUCGACUUUCUUUAAGGUGAGGCAGAACAGUCCACAACAUAGAGCAUCUGACAUAACGCAUGGGCUUGCCACAACAUAGAUUUGACUGUUUGUUGCUUCCAGUUCAGAGUUGACAUACAGUGUCUUCUGUCACAGCUGUCAAUUGAAAUAUUGACUGAAUGUUGCAGAGAAACUUGAAAUACACAUGACACAUUUCAAGGUGUACAUUUUAUCUGUACACAAAUGUGUUGUGAAAAUUGGACUAAAUCAUAUACAUUAACUUUGCCAUGUCAAUAGAAAGUUAUAAAUGUUGCAGACUGGAGGUUAAUAAUGGUGGUGGUUAUAUUGCAUAAUUUAAAGGUCACAUCCGUUGACUAAAUUUCAUUUCUACCACAAUUCUUUAGUGGUGUUUCUCAGUGUAAUUCCCUCAACACAUGUAAAAGAUACCUACAGCGGCUACUCUGCCCUGACCUAAAACGUUGCAGUAGAUAAAUUGACAGUGAUCAAUGAAUACAAUAGGCAGCAAGGUCACAUGACCAACUUGUGAUCAUCAACUGGAACUUGUUUAUUUCACCCAGACUCUCAAAUGGAGCAGAAUUGUCACUGCUAGUGUCCCCUUAUUUGUAAAACUUUUCAGAUGUGAUCUUAACCCCAAUAUAUUCUGUUUAUUAUAUUCAUUGAACUCUAUAUAUAGCCUAUAAUUCAUGGACAGACUUCAAAACCAUGCUAGAUGAAUGGAAUAUUCUGUGGCUGUUUAAACACAAGACAAUCAUAAAACUACAAAAUGGCUGUUUUUUUUUUGUUCAUCCUUUCUAUGUACAGUUUUUUUAUUUUAUUUGUACUGUGUAUUUUAUCUGUUUAUCUUGUGCUAUGUCUACAGAAGAAGAGGUUAGGCCGAUGAUCAAAUCAAAAUCUAUAAUUGUGAUACAUUUGUUUUUAAAAGUCUCACUUGAGAAUCUACCUCACUCGCUCUUGACUUUUUUUCAAUUUUGUCAAAUUAAUUUUUUUUUUAAACUUUAAGCAUCAUUGUACAGUAUGUUAUUACAGUAGAACUUGUACUGAUACAGAAAUGAUUUUGUUCUGUCCUAUAAUAGUGAUAGCCAAUUUGUUUUCAUUUCUAAUAGCAGAACCAACUAAAGAUUUGACUUGUACAUUUAAAAUGUAUAGCACUGCAGAACAAAUUGCUUUGUGUUGGCCUCUGAGAUGAAAGCCUGGACAUUAGCUAUGAUGAUGUCGUGCACACAGCAGUUCCCCCACUUUCCAUGCUGGGUUCAGAAGCUUUAUGAGUUCUGCUGGUAGGUUGCUCUGUGUGCCUAGGGGUCGCCAGCUCCUGAUUUUUCCACAGGGUUGUCUCUAGCAGUCUUUCCUGUGUUUACUGUAUAAUGCAUGGAUUAAAUAUACACUCAUAAAAAGUUGGCGACAAUAUAAAUUAAAUUAAAUUAUAGCUUUUUAUGUAGCGCUACUUUCAUGCUUAAAGCAUGUUCAGAGCACCAUGGUCCAAUCUCUUGUGGACCAGUGGGGGAGGGGGUAUCUGGGAGGUUUUCCGUGCUGCCUUUAAUCAGUAAACACAACUCUGCUGGAGUCAGGUGUUGAACCUCGAGCCCCUUUCAUAAAUAGCCAAGCCAAGUUCAAGUGUACUUAGCCUCUUGACUGGACAUCCCAGGCAUAUACAAUACUGGCGGCAGGUUGUGAUCCGGUACAUGGUAUUCUACAUCAAAUUAUUUUUUUUUUAAUGGCUGAUCUGAUGCUCUGGACUCUUUAUAGAUUCACUUUUAGCCAUGUACAACACAUUCAAUUUACAGAAUUGAAAUUAUACAGACCAAAAAGGUCUGUUUCAACAGUCAACCAAAUUGUGCAAGUCUAGUCUCCAAUGGACAGUUUCCUUCUGUUGGCUUACCUUCAUGUAGUACAUUGUAGGAAACGUAACAACGGGAAAUAAUGAAAUUAAUUGAAGGUUCUGAAACUGAAACCAAUUUCUUUAAUGUUUUAUUGUAAUCAAUUUCUUUUUAAAUUCAAUCCAAGCAAUUUGACACGCAGAUAUUUUGUUUAAUGUUAGACUAGAUGAGAUAGUCAAAUAAGCAACUUUCAAAAGUAAAUUCAUUCCACUACUUACAACACUCUCCAUUGACUGAACGUCUUUGUUUCCCUCUUGGACUCUUGUUGAAUGUUUUUAUUUCUAAUUGACUUUAUAAAAAAACUUUUUAACAGUUCUUGUUUUAAUGGUCUUCCGUCUAUAUAUAUUUUUUUUCAAUUAUUAUUUUUGUUUAAUUUUUAAAAUGUUCUUAAAGACAUUUCUAGCUUGGCCUAAGUUAACAAGUAUCUUUUUUUUAAAAAAGUUAAACUUAUAUUGACUAUUUUUUUAAGUGCUUUUUUUUUUAGAAGAAUCUUAAUUCUUGUUCCACUAGCAAUCUGUGAUCUACAGAAAUGCAAUUUGAUGGAAUUCCUCAUAAUUCAAGUUUUUGCUAAAACCUGUACAUUAUCAAACAAAUUGUUAGUUCAAGCUGUAGGCUAUAAGUAAAGCUGCUGACAUCACUGCAGACUUUCAGUGGUGGGCAUUAGUCUAAUCCGUGGACAGGGUUAGCACAUUCAAGAUUAUCUGGCUCCAAGUCUUGAUGUUAUGACACUUGUCACACCUUUACAAUGUCUUGUGUUAAAAAAAUCAACCAAAAAUCUAUUGUACAUUUUUUUUAACUAUAAGAAUUUAUUUUUAAACUUAAGAAUUUAAACAAAGGUUUGAUAAUUAGGAAAUAUUAGUUUCUAAAUUUUUUUUUAAGAAUAACUUUAAAUGAAAUUUUGUACCAAGUUAAAGACUCCACAUCUAAGUGGGAAUGUCAGAUAUAGACUGUUGAUUUGAUUAUUUUUACAUUGAAUACCAUUUUUUUUUUCUAAGAUCCUUGUCAAUUCCUAUAAUCUCAUUUCAAUGUUAACAUUAAAAUUUGAGUCUGAAUCUUAGAUACAAAAAGUAAAAUUGAACUAAACUUUUAUUUUGACAGUACCAGAUUUUUUGUUCUCCUGUUUAAUAGUGCAUGACAUGAGCACUAGCAGAACUGGACAUUUGCCAAAGUCUUACAAAACCUACUCAAUUGUUGGCCAAAAACCUCAUAAAAAACUGAGGGUUUUUUUCACUUGUGAAUUCACACUACACGAAAAUUAAACAGUGGCGGAUGCUUUGUAAGCUUUCCUGACGGUACUUAUGGAAGUCAUAGCGUCCCAUAUGCUAGGACAAAUUUGUACAAAUACUCCUUCUUCCCUAGUGCUAUUAGAGCAUGGAAUGGGUUGCCUGAGCUAGCCAGGAAAACCAGUGACUUGGCAGAAUUUGUGAUUGGUUAAUAUGCAUGACGAGUAGGACGUAAUCAUCUUCUUUAUCUUAUCUUAUAUAUCUUAUAUAAUACAGACGUUACUUCAAAAAAGAAGAAUUUAAAUCUUUUUUGAAGUAACGUCUGUAUUAUAUAAGAUAAGAUAAUAAGCUUCUCUGCAGAUAUUCUUAACUGCUGAUAGCCAAACAAAUCUGGAAUGAUACGUAGAAACAAGCAAUUAUCCCUCAUUUAAAUGUAUUAUUUUGCUUGAUGUAUAUUUCUCUAACUUUGGACAGCAACACUAACUUUGCACAUUGGAGACAUGUGAUAGACUUUAUGUCUCCUUCAACAUUGUUUUGAAAGUCAAAAUAAAUCAAUUGUAAACAUU